CCGGGUACCUCCAACCACCAAGACCGCACCAUCCUUGGCAAUUCCUCCUUCUGCUCUCUCUCUCUCUCUCUCUCUCAGUUUGAUUCUCUCAUUUAUUCAAGGAAAUGAGUUGGUCGUCAAGUGAUAAUUUUUUUGUGAAUGCAAAGUUAGAAGUUUUCUCAGUCGACAUCUUUUCCGAACCAUUAGAAUUGACACGAAGCAAAAGGGUUGUCUACGAUGGGCCGAAGGGUGAUGAUUUCAUGAAGUUCUUGCGCUCUAAAAACUUUCGAGUAAACCGUCAGGGCAAGGCUAUUGUAUGCGUCCAAAAACGCAAUGGUGAUGGUGAAUUUCUUGAACGUCAGUAUGAUACCUUCGUUCUAGAAACGGUGGUCCCAUUGAGCCCUUUUGGUUUCCAGAACGUACCAUUGCCCAAGCCGCAAGAAGUGAUCGAAUUGCAAAUCCUCCUAGAGAAUACCAAAGUGGAAUUGGUGAAGAAGAAUGAUGAACUUACUGAAUUGCAACGCCUCCAGGAGAAUACCAAGUCUGAAUUGGCAAAGAAGAAUGAUGCACUUAUUGUUCUGGAAAAUACCAAGGAUGAAUUGGCUAAGAAGAAUGAUGAGCUUAAUGAAUUGCAGAGCCUCCAGGACAAUAUCAAGGAUGAAUUGGUGAAGAAGAAUGAUGCGCUUAACAAAUUAAUGAAGCAGAAGAUUGAUCAAGAUUGGAAUCGUGAACAGUUUCGACUGACUAUGAUUGCGAUCACAAACUCAAUGAAGAGAGUGUUCAUUGACUUUGGCCUUGAGCCACCAGCCAACGGAGAUCCAGAAUCUGUGUUGAGAUUUCUUGAGAUGUUACGUGAUCUGAUCCUUCACAAAGAAUUUGGUGCCACUUUCUUAGUAGCCGCAAAUAAGUUAUUAGCCUCGAUUGAAAGUAUAUUUGAGAAACGAAAUGGCAUAAGCAUUGGCAUGGAAACAACAAAUAGUACUCCGAGUACUCCAGCCCGUCUCAUUGAGAGUCUAUUUACCUUAAGAGGCUUUAUGGAGUCCCACUUCUUUAUUGAUGGUAGUGUUAUAGUCAGGGAUUUUCGCCUGAUGAACGAGUACGACCUCCCAGUUAUCCUUCGGGAUUCUGCAGCAGAUGUGGCUGAGCUCAGGAAGAAGGAGGUGGGUGCGAAAUCAAUCGAUAACAUCGACGAAGACUCCAUCUUCUAUGGGUAUUUCAACAUUCCAAAGGUGGGGAUGUUCAAGGGUGUUUUGACCAGAGUUCAUGCCACCUUGCCGGAUGAAAUCAUGGUGAAACUUCAUAUAAGUGGAAAACAUAACAUUAUCAAUGAUAAAAGGUUUUGGUUUGUCUUUGCCAAUGGGUCAGCUAUGUUUGAAAAGGAGCUUUUGAGUCCUCAAGAUGCCAAAUUUGCACCUUCUCGGGUCUUAGGUGAUCCGACCGACUGUCUUGAGUUUUUUCGCAGGAUGAAUCGCACCUUCGUUAACGAGAAGGGGACAUAUCUCAAGUUUGAGUUUAUUACCGCCAAGCUUCCAAGAAUGGAGGCUAUAGACUUUGUUGGAUAUUAUAACAAGGAUUUGGUACUGAAAAAUCCUUUUAAGUUAGUGCAAUUUGAUAAGAAUGAACCUGUAACAGAUAUCGUAAAACGAGACGUUUUUUUCCCUGGGUCAUACUCAUUUAGGGGUAACGAUGGCGAUGCCACCAUGAUUGCAGAUGAAGCUCUGGAUUGUGCUUUCACAUUCAAGGAUUUCUGUUUUAUUGGAAAAAUAACAAAAACCUCUGGUACUUUCCGUAUGAAUGCUCUGGUGAGCGUGUUCUUUGAACAAACCCAACAUGGGCAAAAUUGUUAUGUUGAUGAUAUGGCAACAACUUUCUUUGUUUUAAAAACAGAGAAAAUACCUACUUGGAACAUUAAUGGAAAGAGGGCACUGGAAUUUAUUGAAUAAAUAGUUUGUUUUGUAUUA